UCUAAAAUGAGUCUCUCUGGGGAGAGAGAGGAGGGGGGCCCUGCCUCUAAAAGGAGUCGUCUCUCUGGGGAGAGAGAGGAGGGGGGCCCUGCUUCUAAAAUUAGUCUCUCUGGGGAGAGAGAGGAGGGGGGCCCUGCCUCUAAAAGGAGUCGUCUCUCUGGGGAGAGAGAGGAGGGGGGCCCUGCCUCUAAAAGGAGUCGUCUCUCUGGGGAGAGAGAGGAGGGGGGCCCUGCCUCUAAAAGGAGUCUCUCUGGGGAGAGAGAGGAGGGGGGCCCUGCCUCUAAAAGGUGUCUCUCUGGGGGGAGAGAGGAGGGGGGCCCUGCCUCUAAAAGGAGUCUCUCUGGGGUGAGAGAGGAGGGGGGCCCUGCCUCUAAAAGGAGUCUCUCAGGCGAACAUGACACCAAAGCUAAGAGCAGUCUCCAACGCUACCAGGCUGUAUCACAAACGGCUGUGAUUGGGAGUCCCAUAGGGCGCCGCACAAUUGGCCCAGUGUCGUCUGUGUUUGGCCAGCGUAGGCCGUCAUUGGUCCAGCAGAAGAGACCAGACUCACCUGGACCCAGCUGUGUGUCCAUGAAGAGUGACCGGUCUAUGGAGCAGCCACUCAAAUUCAGAAAAGGAGAUUGUACCACUGAUCCAGGGGUCCAGCAGAAGAGACCAGACUCACCUGGACCCAGCUGUGUGUCCAUGAAGAGUGACCGGUCUAUGGAGCAGCCACUCAAAUUCAGAAAAGGAGAUUGUACCACUGAUCCAGGUGGAUGGUCUACUCUGCCAGAGGAUCAGUCCAGGUGUGCAGUGUGUCACCAGGUGCUGAGGAAUCCAGUCUCUAUCACCUGUGGACACAGGUUCUGCAGACAGUGCAUCACCAGAUACUGGGAGAAACCUGCUCCUUCAGGAGACUAUGACUGUCCUCAGUGUAGAAAGAGAUCCAGAACACGUCCUGUACUACAGUACCUGAGUGAACCUGAUGAUGCAAGAGUCUCUGAAAACAUGGAUGACAGCCUGCAGAGAGCCAUAGUAAACCAUAAAGACAGUCUGAAAAGGAGGUAUGAAUGUGUGAAAGAAGGCAAGGAAAAAGCAGGGCAUCAAACUCCCCUCAACAGGAUUUACACAGAGCUCUACAUCACAGAAGGAGAGAGUGAAGGGGUUAACAAUGAACAUGAGGUGUGGCAGCUAGAGACAGCAUCCAGGACACCAACCUCACAUGACACAGCAAUCCACUGCAAUGACAUCUUUAAACCCUUACCUGGCCAAGAGAGAAGCAUCAGAACCGUGCUGACGAAUGGCAUCGCUGGCAUUGGAAAAACAGUCUCUGUGCAGAAGUUCAUCCUAGACUGGGCUGAAGGGAAGGCAAACCAAGAUGUGGAUAUCAUAUUUAUGCUUCCUUUCCGGGAGCUGAACUUGAUUAAAGAUCGGCUGUACAGUCUUCUCAGACUUUUAAAUGACUUCCACACAGAACUAGACAUAGGCAAUGCAAAGAAACUCACUGCCUGUAAAGCUAUGUUCAUCUUGGAUGGUUUGGAUGAAAGCAGAUUUCCAUUGGAUUUCCAGCAUAUUGAAAAGGUGUCUGAUGUCACACAGGCAUCGUCUGUUGAUGUUCUGCUAAGAAAUCUCAUCAAGGGAAAUCUGCUUCCCUCUGCUCUCCUUUGGAUAACUACUCGACCUGCAGCAGCCAAUCAGAUCCCUUCAGGGUGUGUUGACCAGGUGACAGAGGUACGAGGGUUCAAUGACCCACAGAAGGAGGAGUACUUCAGGAAGAGAUUCAGUGAUGAGGACCUGGCCAGCAGAAUCAUCUCACACAUAAAGACAUCAAGGAGCCUCCACAUCAUGUGCCACAUUCCAGUGUUCUGUUGGAUUUCUGCAACUGUCCUUGAACACAUGUUGAGGACCGACAAGAGGAGAGAGAUGCCCACGACUCUGACUGAGAUGUCCAUACACUUCCUGCUCAUUCAGACCAGCCUGAAGAACCAGAAGUAUCAUGGAAGAGAUGAGAUGGAUCAAGAGGAUCUCAUGGAGUCAGAUAAGGACAUUCUUUUGAAGCUGGGGAAGCUGGCGUUUGAACAUCUGGAGAAGGGUAAUCUCAUGUUCUAUGAAGAAGACCUGAAAGAGUGUGGCAUUGAUGUCAAAGAAGCCUCAGUGUACUCAGGAUUGUGCACACAAAUCUUUAAAGAAGAAUCUGUGUUAUUUCAGAGAAUGGUGUACUGCUUUGUUCAUCUGAGCAUUCAGGAGUUUCUCUCAGCUGUCUACAUGUACCAUUGUUACACAACCAGGAACAUGGAUGAACUGAAGCCCUUCCUCAAGAGAAAGUCUAGAGCUGCGUCUGAAGAGCUAACCUUGCAUGACCUGCUGAAGAGUGCUGUGGAUAAAGCCUUGGAGAGUAAGAAUGGACACCUGGACCUUUUUGUCCGCUUCCUUCAUGGCAUGUCACUGGAGUCCAAUCAGAAACUCCUACGAGGUCUGGUGACACAGACAGAAAGCAGUCCAGAGAGCGUCGAGAAAACAAUCCGAUCCCUUAAGGUGAUGCAAAGGAAGAACAUCUCCCCUGAGAGGUGCAUCAAUCUCUUCCACUGUCUGAUAGAGAUGAAAGACCAUUCAGUACAGGAGGAAAUCCAAGAGUACUUGAGGUCAGAGGACAGAUCCAAAAACCUCACACUUGCUCACUGUUCAGCGUUGGCCUACAUGCUGCAGAUAUCAGAGGAGGUUCUGGAUGUGUUUGACCUGAAGCAAUACAAGACAUCAGAGGAGGGUCGUAGGAGACUGCUCCCAGCUGUAAGAGGCUGCAGGAAAGCUCUACUCACUGACUGUGAACUCACAGACACAUCCUGUGAAGUGUUGGUCCCAGCUCUCAGUUCAAACUCCUCACACCUGAGAGAGCUGGAUCUGAGUAACAAUGACCUGAAGGAUUCAGGAGUGAAGCUGCUCUCUGCUGGACUGGGGAAUCCCCACUGUCAACUGGAGACUCUGAGACUCACUGACUGUGAACUCACAGACACAUCCUGUAAAGUGUUGGUCCCAGCGCUCAGUUCAAACUCCUCACACCUGAGAGAGCUGGAUCUGAGUAACAAUGACCUGAAGGAUUCAGGAGUGAAGCUCCUCUUUGCUGGACUGGGGAAUCCCCACUGUCAACUGGAGACUCUGAGACUCACUGGCUGUAAACUCACAGACACGUCCUGUGAAGUUUUGGCCUCAGUUCUCAGCUCAAACCCCUCACACCUGAGAGAGCUGGACCUGAGUAACAAUGACCUGAAGGAUUCAGGAGUGAAGCUCCUCUCUGCUGGACUGGGGAAUCCCCACUGUCAACUGGAGACUCUGAGGUUGUCGCUCUGUGGAGUCGAAGAGGAAGGCUUUGAUUCUCUGGUCUCAUCUCUGAAGUCAAACCCUUCACACCUGAGAGAGCUGGACCUGAGCUACAAUCACCCAGGAGACUCAGGAGUCAGACUGCUCUCUGCUGGACUGGAAGAUCCACACUGGAGACUGGAGAAACUCAAUGUGGAACCUGGUGGAGUGGAAACAAUCGAACCUUGGCCUAGAAAAUAUGACUGUGAUCUCACACUGGACCCAAACACAGCAAACGAACAGCUCUCUCUGUCUGAGGACAACAGAAAGGUGACACGUAGGAGAGACAAGCAGCUGUAUCCCGAUCACCCAGAGAGAUUUGAGAUCAGGAAACAGGUGCUGUGUAGAGAGGGUCUGACUGGGCGCUGUUACUGGGAGGUAGAGUGGAGUGGGAGAGGGGCUUACAUAGCAGUGACAUAUAAAGGAAUCAGCAGAAAAGGAGUGGGUAAUGACUGUGUGAUUGGAUUAAAUGACAAGUCCUGGACUCUGCUCUGCUGUGAGAACCGUUAUACUGCCUGGCACAAUAAUAACUCCAAUACCAUAGCCGCUCCCUCCUCCAGCUCCCACAGAGUAGGAGUAUAUCUGGACUGGCCAGCCGGCACUCUGUCCUUCUACAGAGUCUCCUCUGACACACUGACCCACCUGUACACAUUCACCUCCACAUUCACUGAGCCCCUCUAUCCAGGGUUUAGGUUUUACUAUGACACCUCAGUGUCCCUGUGUCAGGUGUAGGGCUGACCCCAUUUAGUCGACUGGUCGAUUGUUUGGUCGAUAGGCUGUUGGUCAGCCAAGAGUUAUUUAGUCAAGCAGUGGCAAAUAUAUAUAAAAAUGUAAUGGCACGUGAGACAGCUGUUUGAUUGACUUAUCCAUUGUGGAUGUCGCAGGGAUGGAACACCUUGUUAUUUCACCUUUAUUUAACCAGGUAGGCCAGUUGAGAACAAGUUCUCAUUUACAAAUGCGACCUGGCCAAGAUAAAGCAAAGCAGUGCGACACAAACAACAACAUAGAGUUACACAUAAACAAACGUACAGUCAAUAACACAAUAGAAAAAUCUAUGUACAGUGUCUGCAAAUGUAGAAGUGUAGGGAGGUAAGGUAAUAAAUAGGCCAUAGAGGCGAAAUAAUUACAAUUUAGCAUUAACACUGGAGUGAUAGAUGUGCAGAUGAUAAUGUGCAAGUAGAGAUACUGAGGUGCAAAAGAGCAAGAGGAUAAGUAACAAUAUGGGGAUGAGGAAUUUGGUUGUGCUAUUUACAGAUGGGCUAUGUACAGGUACAGUGAUCGGUAAGCUGCUCUGACAGCUGAUGCUUAAAGUUAGAGAGGGAGAUAUAAGACUCCAGCUUCAGUGAUUUUUGCAAUUCGUUCCAGUCAUUGGCAGCAGAGAACAGAUUUUAUCUGCAACUGUUUUGUCGAAUUUGCCUAUGACCUGUAAAAGUUAAAGGAAGUUUCCCUGGUUGACAGCCAUGUCGUUUUCUAUGUCUCCUCUCUGUGAAAGUCCCUGGUAUUCAGUGUAACGCAGUGACUCCACAACUGCUCUCAUAUACUCUCUGUUCUCUCAGACUAUUUUCGAAUGCCCAUCACUUAGAGCACUGCAUAUUGUUGAGCCAGACUCUUUCUGAAUAGUCCACUCAUUCCACGCUGUCAUUGCAUAUUUAUGAUCCACACUAGCAUUGUGUGUUUUGAACGAACUUGUCGCCUUCUUCCAGUUCUGGUAGCCAUCGUGGGUAAAUGUCACUUUCUCUCCACCAUGGUUUCCUGGAUGUUGAAAGUGGCGGCAUACAAAACAGAAAGCACGGUCAUUUGAAAUAGAAUAUUCCAGCCAUUUGUAAUCCUCAUAUCAUCUACGAUUCAAGUAGCAAUCCUGCUGUCCAACUUUUGUGGCUGGAUAACACAGAAGAAGAGGGUGCCUUGGUUCUUCAACAGGUGACUGGCUUAAAUCAGAGGGAGCGGUGGCUGUGCUAACAGCGCAGCUAACCGUGGCUGUGGAGCAGCUAGCAGCGGCUGGAGCUGCCUCACGUCGUGGCUGUGGAGCAGCUAGCAGCGGCUGGAGCUGCCUCACGUCGUGGCUGUGGAGCAGCUAGCAGCGGCUGGAGCUGCCUCACGUCGUGGCUCACAAUUUUCUCUCUCCGACUCAUCUUUCUUAUCUCCCUCUUCUUCUUUGGCCCCCUGGGGACAGGGUCUGGGUCUGGAUUUUCAUUUUCUACCCGCACUCUUCUCUUGAUCAGAAAACGGUCCAUCGCAACAGGGCGAGAUGGGCGACUAGCUAGCUAGAAGUUAGCUCACAUAAAUCAGCUUCUUGAUAUGACACACCUGUCAGGUGGCUGGAUUUUCUUGGCAAAGGAGAAAUGCUUAGUAAUGCUAACUCGGGGCGGCAGGUAGCCUAGUGGUUUGAGCGUUGGACUAGUAACCGAAAGGUUGCAAGAUUGAAUCCCCGAGCUGACAAGGUAAAAAUGUGUCGUUCUGCCCCUGAACAAGGCAGUUAACCCACUGUUCCUAGGCCGUCAUUGAAAAUAAGAAUUCGUUAACUUAACUGACUUGCCUAGUUAAAUAAAUAAAAAAUAACAGGGAUGUCAACAAAUUUGUGCACAACAUUUGAGAGAAAUAAGCUUUUUGUGCUUGUGGAACAUUUCUGGGAUCUUUUAUUUCAGCUCAUAAAACAUGGGACCAACACUUUACAUGUUGCGUUGAUAUAAUUUCCACCUCCAGAAAUGAGCCCAAUAAGAUAUUGGUAAAAAUUACGUUAAAAGGAUUUUAACAUAUUGGACCAUAUAACCUGUAUAGAUGGUCUAUUAUCAGAUGUUAAAUGAUUUUAACAUAUUGUACCAUAUAACCUGUAUAGAUGGAAUAUAAUCACAUGUUAAAUGAUUUUAACAUAUUGGACCAUAUAACCUGUAUAGAUGAUAUAUAAUCAGAUGUUAAAUGAUUUUAACAUAUUGGACCAUAUAACCUGUAUAGAUGGUCUAUUAUCAGAUGUUAAAUGAUUUUAACAUAUUGUACCAUAUAACCUGCAUAGAUUUUCAUUUACAUUUUAGUCAUUUAGCAGACACUCUUAUCCAGAGCGACUUACAGUAGAGUGUAUACAUUUUAUUACAUUUUACAUACUGAGACAAGGAUAUCCCUCCCCGAGCCUGGGCGUGAACCCAGAGACUCUGGUGGCGCAGCUAGCACUGCGAUGCAGUGCCCUAGACCACUGCGCCACCCGGGAGGUGGUCUAUUAUCAGAUGUUAAAUGAUUUUAACAUAUUUUAUUUGCUAUCUUUCUUACCAUUAUCUGUGUAUUUGCAUUUCAAUGUGAUUUCAACCAUCAUUUUUCUGUGGGAUUGUCAUGUUUAUUCAACUUUAGUUUUAGAAGUGGGGGGGCAUAAUUUUUUCAUUAUUAUUAUGUAAAAAAUUGUUGGAUAACCACUCCAAACACCCUACCAGACCUAUCGGAGGAAUCCACAUGGUCCCAAAGCACACUGUUGCCUCGUUUUGUAUCACAUUCCAAUUAUAAAACUGGGGGGGGGGACAAAAAUGCAAUUUCAGAAUGUGGAGGGGACGUGUCCCCAGUGAAAGUUGCACACCUGGAUAACUGUAUCACUGCCUGUCUCAUGGAGAGUGUGAGGGAGUGUGUCAUGGUGGGAUGGCCUGAACUCAGAGUCUGAUAGAAUACCAAGGGAAACCACAGUAACUGGAGUAAAACAUGGUGGAACAAAGCCAGCUGGCAGUAACUUCACUGACUGCUGUUUGCCUUGGUUUUUACUUAGAUUUUGUAGUUACAGCAAAUUUGAAACUCCAUGUUCUCUGAAACAGAAGGUAAUAGAACCCGGACACUUUGUCACAAGAUAUAACAGAAGAUAAUUGAACCAGGACACUUUGUCACAAUAUAUAACAGAAGGUAAUUGAACCAGGACACUUUGUCACAAGAUAUAACAGAUACUACUAAGCCUGAUUUCAGUCUGAACUCCUCUUUGACCAAAUGUGUAGCAGCAGUUUGCAAUUGUAUGGCAGAAUAGCUGUGCACAUAACCCUAAUACCUCUUCAUGGACUACAGUUGAACAUUGUCUUGUUUUAGGGUGUGACCUGGUAUGGUCUGAUUGAAUUACAGCAGUUAUUUUAACAAUGCUGGUUAUAAAUAUUGUUGACAUUCAUCCAAGGAGACCUUGACUUGCAUUACACUCACUGCAGAAAAACAUUCCUAUAAAUGACCCCUAAAAUACUGAUGACCCCUAAAAUACUGAUACUGCACUCUGCCUUGGUAUGACCUUAAACAGCUAAAUGGGUAAUGAAAAAGCUAAGUACUGUCGUGUCUUUGACCAUGCCAGAUUAAUUGCUAUGACAUGCUAUUCUAUAAAAUAAUUUCUCCGUAAUGAAUAGUACCUGAUUGAACUAAUCAUGUAAAUAUGAAUUAACUAGAGAGGGACACCACAAAAGAAUAUUUAUAGAGCUGUUAUCUUUCGAAUAAACUCUUAAAGAUUUAGUAAUAUUUUACUAAAUAGCAGUCA